AAUUUCCAGCAAAUGUUUAUUUUUUGGGUGCCGGGCUGAUGAUGUAUUUCCCUGUCAGGAGCACAGGUGGCAGCAGUGCAUCUGCAGACGCGUGCGCGCGAUGGAGAAGAAGCGCGUGGAAUAUUUCAAUUCUUCUCAUGUCAGGCGCCCAGUGAACUUGACAACCAUUAAUAUUACAGUGAAGGACCAGCCAAAAAUCUCGUACAGUUAUUUGACCUGUUGUUCCACAUAAUACCGGAUCAUGCAUCCUAUAGAAGUGUCAAUCCCGUCUUUUCGGUCGGAGGGCAGUAACGCGGAGAAGGGCUACACGGUUUUUAAGAUCGAGGUGCUCAUGUGUGGUAGACAGCAUACUGUCGAGAAAAGAUACAGUGAAUUUCACGCUCUGCAUAAAAUGAUUAAAAAGCUCAUUAAACCUCCAGAAAUCCCUUCGAAGCAUGUGAGGAACUGGGUGCCGAAGGUUCUCGAGCAGAGGAGACAGGGACUCGAGCUCUACCUCCAGACUAUAAUCAUGGAAAAUGAGGUUCUUCCAAAGAUAUUCUUGGAUUUCCUCAAUAUCCGCCAUUUCCCGUCACUGCCGAAAACUGAGAGUUGUGGGUCAUUUGAAACUGAAUCAGAGGAAUCAAGUAAACUGACACAUCAACCAGCACUUCUCUUCCUGAGGGAUCCCUAUCUGCUGCCUACCACCAACGAUACGUUUUCUAAUAUGGUUAUUGAAGGUGUGAUACGUGGAAUAUUUUACCCAGACUUCCAGCCGAGGUAGAUCUCAGCACUACGGAUGACGUCACAUCACACAAGUUCUCGGAUAAAAGGGGAUUCGUAUUACCAACACUAAAUCACGCAGCUCCAUUCAUUACAGCAUUGAGACUGUAGUUUGGCAUCAGCACUCCAUGAGUUUCUGGUUUGUUUUUGUGUUCUGUAUUUGCACGAAUUGAGAUUUUAGUUUUACACAAAGUAACCAUUCAUAUCGACUAUCAAAUCAAGGUCUCAUUUAAUAGCAGAAGCACCUCUGCAUAUACUUGCACAUGUCUCCUCGUGUCAUAUAUGAGGUCAGAAGGACGUCUGAUCCACUGACUCCAAGUGAGGUGACUUCUAAAAUAAGGAAAUUGUUGGAUGAGCCUUGAACCUUUUCAUUAUGUACCAAAUUAUUGUAUGAACCUUAUUGUGUUUCUUUGUUUUUGAUUACCAGCCUUGGCUUAUAAUUAGCAAAAAGGGAAGUACUGAAUGAAGCAAACCGGUGUAAAGCCAAUCUAAAUGUCUUGUAUCAUGUUACAGCCCAAAACUGUGAAAAAGAGCUGUUGUUAAAAGUACGAAACGUAGCGCUCUCCACUGCUAACCUGCAGCUACGUAAACCAUUUUCAGUGGAUUCUCUUCUUUGAAAAUGCUGUUUAGUCUGGACUAAUAUUAGUCUAAUGUUUUUAGGAACUUCACUGUGUAGUAAGAGUGCAUGAACACUAGCUAUUCACUACUGUUGGAAGUAGAAUGCAGUUUGAGAAGUCUAAAUGUUAUAAAGCUGAUGGUCAAACUGACACAGGAUUUAUUAUGUACCAUUUCAAGCAGUUCUAGAUCUGAAUUCUGCGUAUGGACAAUGUGCCAUUCCAUUAUGUGUGUUUUAUUGUUGAUACUUUGGAUUGACUCGUGCACUUUAACAAGGGUGAAAAGAUCAGUUGUAACUGGAUAUCAUUUUAAACCUGACAGCAAUAAACAUCACAUUUAUUCAUUCAUUA